GUUAAAUCUGUGUUUUUUUAUCUUUUUUACAAUCGAAAGAAAGUCUAUCUUAUUUUUAUGUGUUUGUUUCUAUCGUCAUAUUUGAAUUGAAAUGCCAUUAAUUAUUUUGUCUGGAUAUCCAUCCUCUGGAAAAACGACGCGUGCGAAGCAACUUCAGAAAGCUUUAGAAGAGCGUAUAGAAAACAAUGUUGAUGGAACCAAGGACUAUCGUGUAGUCCUCAUCAAUGAUGAAUCUUUGGACAUUGAAAAAGAAGUUUACAGAGAAUCGAAAACAGAAAAGGCUGCUCGCGGACUUUUGUAUUCCGCCGUUCAACGUGAACUCUCAAAGAGUACUAUUGUAAUUUGUGAUGCCUUGAAUUAUAUUAAAGGAUUUCGUUAUCAGCUUUUCUGUGAGUCAAAAUCCAUGUACACCCCUCACUGUGUGGUUCAUGUGGCUGUCCCCAAGCAGAUGGCGAAAAAAUUUAACUCCACCUCGGAACAUCCAUACCCAGAAGAUGUCUUAGAUGGACUUAUUUUUCGAUAUGAAGAACCGAAUGGGAUGACCCGAUGGGAUUCGCCUCUCUUUACAGUUAUCCAUGAUGAUCCUACUCCUCCUGUUGAUACUAUUUGGUCUGUGCUAAUUCAUAACAAAUCCGUGAAGCCAAACUUGGCUACUAUGACAAAAGCACCUGCUGAAGUAAAUUAUUUAUACGAAUUAGAUAAAGUAACGCAAGACGUUAUCAUGCUAAUUCUCAAUCAUCAAAGUACAGAGGGAUCUUCUUCGUUGCCCAUCCCUGGAAGCAGUCUUCAAGUCGAAAUGCCAAGCAUUACUGUAUCGCUUCCUCUUUUGCAGCGUUUUCGCCGUCAAUUUGUUCACAUCAAUCGCCAACAGUCAUAUAACACCAAUCUUUUAAAAGAUAUGUUUGUCGAUUUUUUGAAUGGACAAUUUGAAACAAUGGAGUAAAGGCUGUUGGCUUAUUGCUGGGCUUGGAAAAAACGAAUUACCAUUUUUAGGAGUUCUUGUAUGAUAAAAGUAACUGUUUAGAAAAAAAGGAUGAUUGAAAUUUUUUAUUUUGUUCUCUUAACUCAAAUAAAAAGGGGUUUUCUAUGAUCUUAUUCAAACCUUACUCAGUUUCUUUAAAGUGAACAGGUAGCUUUUUACUGUCUAAGCUAUCUCCUUUCUUGUUUUAGUGUUGGAUUCAUUUACAGACUAACAAUGCUUGAGAUCUUUUGCCUGUGUUAUAUAAGUUUUUGUAGAAGAUAAAUAACCCUUUUCUAUUCCAUAUUUUUCUCAAAGGCUACGCUACCUUCUUUAAAUGACAUUUUUAAAACAGCA